AACUCAUAAAAUAUUUAUUUGUUAGUAUUUUAAACGAUCAAAUAAUAAUAAAAUCUGCGAUUUUUAGGACUAAAUGUUCAAUUUUUUUACUUCAAACAUACUGCACGAAAUAAGCUGCGGCAUGGAAAAAGCCUGUACAUUUUGUUUUUAUUAAAUUACUUUUUUGUUUUUAUGAUGAAGAAAAUCGCUUUCGUUCAAUAAACAUGUUAAUACUCCCUAUUAACAUACUGCAUUUAAAUUUUUCUGAUAUCUUUCUUAGUUUAGCAGAAAUAACGACUAUAACUUUUUUUAGGUUGCUGCACGAAAUAAGCUGCGAGCCACUGUAUGUAUGUAUCUUUUAUUUGCGUUGCCGAUCCCAACACCGUGAUUUUUUUCCUCUGCAAAAGCAACAACAGCAUCAAAAAUAUCGAUCGCCCUACGACACUAAUACACUGACACUUGGCCGCCGCCGCACGCACACCACUGCAGUUUGCGGCGAAUUCACUUCGCCGUAGUUUAAUGCGCAUUUCAUUCUCCUUUACGCUCUCCCCUUCACUAACGUUGUUUUUUUAUGUAGGUAUGUUCUUGGAAGUAGUGCCGUUGUGUGGUUGUUGGACUUAUUUGAUGAAUAUAAACUAGAGCGUGCUCGUGAGUGUGAUGACAGUCAUCGCAGAAUCGCACUAUCGAUAGUCGGCCGUGCAGAAAUACUGCGACUUGACGCUUGUUAUUUUUAAAUUGUUAAUGCAUUUAUUUAAGUAAAGGCUAAGUAAACAAUAGCUUGUAUUGAAAUUGAAUCUCGUAGUUUUGCAUGCGCUAAUAUUUGUAUUAAGAACGAUAGAUAGCACACUAUCGAUAGUUAUCGCUUUUACCCGUAUUCGGAUUCGGCGCCACAGUUGUUGUUGUCAUUCGUUUCGACGACGCCGUGAACUUUACAUGUGUGCUACCCUUCCAUUGAACGGUUAAUUAAGUUGGAAUAAGGAACGGAAUGUAAAAGAAAUAAAUACCGCUUUAUGUACACGUAGUUUGCACUUUCCAUGGACAUUGGUGGCAUGUUAGUUGCUGCCAUUCGAGGAGUCGGAUACGGAUCGAGCCCCCAGUGCCGCCUGCAGAAUGGAGGAGAGCGAGGACGACGUGGUGGAGGUGGCCUGCGACAACGCGCUGAAGGAGCAGGUCCAGGCCAAGCUGGCGGAGAUCCGUUCAUUUGUGCCCUUCAUCCAGCGUGUGCGAACGGACUACCAGAAGACCCUAUCCGAUGUACAGGGCCACCGGCUGGACUCCCUGGUCGGUCUGCUGCAGCGCGAAAAUGUAUCGAUGAGCACACUCAACAAGAUCGAGAGGAUCAUCGAAAAGCUAAAGAACAGAUUCGAACCGAGGAUACCAGGGGAAGUCAUCGAAAUCACCGACCACUCUGAGUCCAAUGCGACGACGGCCCAACAGCAGAUCAUGCCCUCGGGUACGGGCUCCAAGCCAAACGGCUUAGCCAUCCCCUCAUCAGCUACCACCACCAAGACCGCGCCCUAUCCCCUGGCGGCGUCUUGCAAUACGAACGGAUUACCUAUUCCGGAUGCAGCUGCCAGCAAGGCCAAGCCAGCGAUACCAAAGCUGGAGCGAAGCUCGAUCGGAAGUACGUACGGUUCCUUAGCAAAGACAUCUGCCCUUGGCUUUGGCUCCUUCACCACCUCCACCAACAAGAUGUCAGGCUCGUUGACUUCCGCACAGAAUCGAGCUCCUUUAAAGGCUCCCUUGGCCAAGCCGCUACCAGAUGAUAAGCAGAAACCUGUGACGGAACUACUUGCCCCAUCGCAAACUACAGCUCAGGUUCAGCCUCCGGAUACAAAGUCACCUGCUAUUGCAGAGCAAGAACCAGCGCCAGCGCCAUCCGCUUUCAAUAAGAAACGCGGUUCUCUGCCCAGUACUUCGCUCAAUCGCGGAGUGCUGGCUGCCAUGCAGGAGGCCCGCAUGGAGGAGAAGAAGCAGCGGGCCAAUGCCCACCAUACAUCGCCAUCAUCAGCCAAAGAAUCGUUCGCUGGAGCUUCGCCAGAGAAGGACUUUUCGCGUCGAUCCUAUCCAGAAUCGGUUCAGUUCACCCGCCGUUUGCCAGAAAAACCGGUGCAACCAGCGAACAUGUCGGAUUUUGUGCGUCGAUCCACACCGCCUGUGCCUGUGCCUUUGCCUUUCUCCAUGCAAGAGGCACCCUCAAGGCAGUCCGAAAAGAUUGGAACUGACGAGUGCAUGGUUCCGGCAACAUCGUUGGAGAGCGCCUCGCUGGAGGAAGCGCGGAAGAAGCUGGCCGCCUUGCGAGGAGGAGGAUUAGGAUUAGGAUUAGGAGGAGGAGCAGGAGCAGGAGCCGUACAGGAAAUGCCGCCCCUGGCCUCCAACAUUAAUGAUCCGCGCGGCAAGAAGAACUUGAGUUUGAUCUUGCCUACGCCCGUGACCAACAAUAUUAACAACAAUAACAUCAGCUUACCGCUCAUGACCCCGCCUCCCAUAGUUCGCACUCCUUCGCCUAUUCCGCCGCCGCCGAGCAUGAAGCGCGGUACUUGGGCCGCGUUUUCGAACAAUCCCCUGAAGAGUGGCUUUAAUGCUCCGCGUACUUCGCAGCACAACUCUGAAACUCCUGGAGAUCCUCGUGAUCCUCGAGCCCAGAGGGAAUCAAGCAUUGAAACCAGGCCCCUUAAUGGCAGUGAACCCCGAGAGCCGCCACGUGAUCCUCGCAUCUGGCAGAACAAGCCAUCCCAUUCACAUCAUCAGCAGCAUCAGCAACCGCCACAAUAUCCCAGUGAUCCGCGUCGCGCUUCAAGCGUCUACAGCGGCUUUGAAGACUCCACCAAUAGCUGGCAGUGCAACAACAAUAACAACAACAACGUUAACGGCAAUGGGAGUGCCUACAACAAGUCCAGCUGGGGUGGCAGUCAGAAUGGGAGCGGGCCAAAUGUAAGAGGGUUUAAGGGCAAUCAAAAUGGAAGUGAAAAUGCAGGAGUCUUUAAUGGCUCACAAAGCUUCAGAGGCGGAUAUCGUGGAGGUCACAACAGCCGGGGUUUCGGUAAGUCUGGUUCCCGCUUCGACCGAGACCAUGACGUGCCCCGCACAUAUGGGGAGCACCGCAAGGCCAAGGCUCGCGCUGAGGCGAAGGCCAAGGCUAAGGCUGCGGAGGAGGAACGCCAGAUGAUAGCGGAAAUUCAGCGGCAAAUGGAUGCCGAAGAGAAGCGCAAGUUGCUUGCCGCCGAGACACAACGAAGAAGGGAGGAGAAUGAGGCCGCUGAGGCGACGUCACCGGUGAUACCUGUUCCGGAACUGGACACCUCCUACCGCAACGUCACGCUCGGUCCGUUAACAAAGAAGCUAGACUUUCGAAUACCGAAGAAAACCCCCCCAGCCGCAGCACUAGCAGCUCCAAGCCCAGUCAAUGGGGAUGGGGACAGCUUAAGGUCCUCCUCAAAAUCUCCUACGAACAAGUCAUGUGAUGCCAAAAAAGAUAAAGAUACUGAUAAGAAUAAAGACAGGCAUUUAGAUAAGGCUAAGGAUAAGGACAAGGCGGAAAAGGGCAAGGACAAGUCGGAAAACAGUCUGGAAAAGUCCAAGAAGCAUCACAAGUCGUUUGAUAAUAAGACCGAGAAAAAGAAGAAUAGAUCCGCCAAGAAGGAAAAGAAAAGACAAGACAGGGAGCAUGAGAAGAAAUCGCGAGGUGGUGACAAAACUCGUGAGUUUGCGGACACGGAUAGCGUGACCAGUGUGAUUAGCUCUGAAAAUACAGACAACCUGGAGAAUGAGCCGCCCGUAAGCGAAGCAAACUCUUCUCCCAUUCCAGAGCUAGCUCCCAGUACACCCGACAUCCAGCCUGCCCAGCCGACAGGAAGCAAGUCUUCUGUCUCGGAGGCAGCUCCCUCAGCCGAUGUUGAGACGAAGCAACAGGAGGAUGAUGAGGAUCAGGAUGUGUUCGCCAUAUUGGACAGAGCAAAAAAAGCGGCAGUAGAAACGGCUGCGAGGAAGCGCGCCAUAUCAACUUCAGAGGCAAAGACAGCGAAAGAAAAUUCGGAAGAUAAAGGACCUGAAAACGCCCACGAGAUUAAAGAGGAUGCGAUUGGUGAGGAGGAUAAACCGCCAAAACUGUCCAAGCUAAAAAUAGUGCUUGGACCCAAUGCCCACACAUUGAUGGUGCACCCUGAUGCAGGCAGUCUGGAGAAGGAAUCCAAGGUCACGGACAGCAAACCUAUGGAAGAUGAUGAUCAUGACGACGAAGAGGUGCCCGGUCCGUGCCCUCAACUUCUGCGCCGCAUCAUGCAGCGGCGCAACUCCAUGGCUCCCACGGCCAGCAAGCCGCUGGUGGACAAGACAGAAAUCUUUACCCCCAGUCUACUCUACGAGGACCUGCAGGAGCAGAGGCGCAAGUCACAGAACGCACGCAGCCUGGCUAACAUGUUUGAGAAGACCAACGACAACUGUAGCGUUUCCACGCAGAACAUUAUCUCCGGCAAGCGUCGCACCCGCGGCCUAGAUGCAUCCUUCAACGAGACGCAACUGAGUCGGAGCUGUUUUGGUCUGGGCCAGAUUAACAGGUCGCGGACAAAGGCCACCGAUGGCAGUACAAGUAGGGCCCCUGACAGCGCCAAGCAUGCCGAAAAUUCGAUGGCUAUUGAUGCCAAUGCUGUUGAUCCUAUUCCUGUUCCUGCUCCGAAUCGUAAGCGCAGGCGACAAACCAUUUCAAAGGAAGCUCCGAUUACGCCGGUGGAGCCCAAGAAGGCACGCUUGGAAAGUGAGGAGAUUAAGGCUGUCAAGGAUAUAGAUAUAUCUGUCAAGCAGCCGGCAGAGGACAACGAGGAGGUCAACAUUAUGGAUGUGGACGAAAACUCCUCCGAGCCGGCGGCCCCCGUGACCGUGAUCCCACCGCCUCCAAAACCUCGCGCGAAACCCCGAAAGAAGCGCAACGAGCUGGACAAGCUAAACGAGGACAUUGCGCAAAUGUACUACGGCGAAGAAGUGCUGCGGGCCACCGGGCGCAGGGCCUGUACCCGGCGCUCCCGCACUCCCUCACAGACGCGGUCCAGUAGCCAGCGUUCCCGAACUCCUUCUCUCUCACGAGCCUCACCGGCCGGCGAUAGCAUUUCCAGCGUUUCCCUGGGCAGUCCCAUUUUUAUACGGAACGUGGCGCGAAGGGGCAAGCCUUUUGGUCCCGGAUCCCGGUCGUCCGGCAUAAAUCGGACCACGUUUAAGGCCAAGACCUUGCCAAAAACCAAGCGCUGCCAAGUGAGAAUACAGCGAAGUGCUGCCUUGGAAGAGCUGCUUAAGAAGCAGGGCGAGAAAGAGCAGAAACCAGCUAAGAAGCGCAAGCAGAAGGAAAAGGAAGUUCGCAACACAAAUCCCGAAUGGCACGCCAAGUCGAAGGCUGCCAUCGAGUGUGUGGUCUGCUCGAAGUCAGUCCGCAGGAGCCCUAUCUGUCACUACUUAAUGAAUCACGAGGAGCACUAUGCCGCUCGCUUGCCACCCGGCGUGCUUGAAGAUCUGCGGCUCGGACGCGGCAAUCGGCCGGACUACCGGAUUUCACAGCGGCACUAUAGCAAGUUUCACAUCACUUGUCCGUUUUGCCAGAAGCAAUUGCUUCUCAACCGACUGGAUCUUGGCGAACAUUUGUCCGCCCACAUGGGCGAGCCGCGUCACCAGUGCUCCCACUGUCACUUCCCGCAGAACCGCCUCAUUAGGCUGCAGGCGCACACCGAGACCUGUGGUCCGGGUGCCAAACCGCAGAGCUAUCCUGACAACUGCAGUCUGCCGAUGAAAGUGCACGUGUGCCAUCUAUGCCAGUUUGUGCAGCAGAACAAGGGGAACAUGGACCGGCAUCUGAUGCAGCAGCACGGCCUGUCCAAGGAGCAGCUUAAGAGUGUGGAGCGGGAGGAACUGAUGCUCUGCUCCCUAAAGGACGUGCCGACAGCCGAGUCGCAAGAGGACGCCAACGCCUUCCUGCAAGGAAAUGAGCCAAGCACAAGUGGAGCUGCCAAGGUGCGCAACACACACAAGGUGCCCAACACUCCCAAGGUGACCAAAAAGGGUAAACAGCUAAAGAAGAUCAAGAUCCGGUUUAAGAAUAUGGCCAAGAAAUCCGUUCGUCUAGUGAAGAGAGAACGGGAAGAGCAAGAGGAACAGGAGCGAGAAAGGGAAGAGCAAGAAGAACAGGAAGAGCAGGAGCGGGUGGUGACCAAAAUGGAGGUGGAUCAUGACAUGCGGCGGCUACCGCUGCCCCCGCCAGAAAAGGAACCCGUGCUGGUGGUGAACGAGUGUCUGGCGGAUGUCGAAAUGGAAUCGGAACUGGAGGAAGACGUCGACGAGGAACAGGCCAUUCAAAACAAGAGCUUGAUGGUGGAUGAAAAGCCCGUUGUGCUGCCCGGCUUGGGAGCUGACCUGGUGGAAGCAGGUCCAAGUGUAAUAGAACCAGAGCCAAGUGUAUUAGAACCAGAGCCAAGUGUAUUAGAACCAGAGCCAAGUGUGUCAAAACCAGAGUCAAGUGUAUUAGAACCAGAGCCAGCAACUCUAGCGCAAGCCACUCCAACGCCAAUGGACGAAGAGGAUGUAGAAGUGGAUGUGGAGCAGGUGACUCCACCGCGGCCACAAUCUGUUCCAAAUCCCGCUGCCGAGGAGGUUCAGGCAGUCACGCUGGCUGAGUUGGCCGGCGAUGUGCUCGAUGGCAUUGGCAGCGAUUGUUCCGACGUUGAGAUUGAGGACGAACCGGUGCCAGUGGAAGCAAAUGACGAAGACGAAGAUAAUGCUGAUUCUGAUGAUGAUGAUAAUAAUGACAGCGGUAAAGCGCCCACCGAUGAGUGGGUGGAUCUGGAGACGGCCAAGAGAAACUCCAAGGGUUCCCCCAAGAGCAUUUUCCAGAAGUUUAAUCGCUUUUGCUCGCGCCUGAACAAGGCAGUCCGAUCCAGUGGCAAGUCAGGGACCUCCAAUGGGAGUCAGAGCAGCGAGGGCAGCCACGACAUGCCCGAUCCCAGCGAACUGAUGCCCAGAAUGCGACCGCUAGAGCCAGAGACGGUGGCGGAGAGAACGAUCCCGGUGCCUGUUUCUCCUGCGUCAGCUCUUGCGGCUGCUCUUGGGGCCACUCCUGAGGCAGCUCCCGUGGCCGCUCCUGUGGCCACUCCAAUCACAUCUGCGCGUUUUAAGGCGCCACCCAAACGGGUAGAGAAUGUGGCUUUUCGAAAGCCCUUCUCAGAUGACGACCAAAAGCAGCAGGCAUCCUAUUUCUGCGUGCGACCGGGCUGUACUUUUCUCUUCUCCAACGAACUGGAAGGACUCGAGAAUCACUUUGCGUUGGAGCAUCCGUUGGUUCGCUGGAGCGGCAAAUGUGCCAUCUGUCCGGAGUUCAAGAAAGUGGAUACACAUCUCAGUAUUCGCGAGGAGUUGCGUCACAUGAGGGACGACCACAUGGUGGUCAAAUCCGCUCUGACUCCCUUACCGCCUCCGAUAGAGGAGACGGCGGAUGUUGUUUCGGAAACUGAGCCUGUUUUCGCUCCAAAUCCCGAUCCCGAUCCCGCUCCCGUGCUUCCCAAGCUGCGGGUUCGUCGAUUCACUGGCGAUCGCCUGGUAGAGCAACUUGCGGAGCAGAAUCAACCGGAAGCAGCCGUAGUUCUACCCAAUGCGCCGGCACAGCCCAAUGGCAUGCUGAGGUGUCUGCUGGCGGCGGAUCCGCGACCACCUAGCCAGCAGGUGGACUUUAAUGCCGCCGGACUGGGCGAGUUCCUCUGCGCCAAGCCCAAUUCGCCGCCAAAGGAGCCAGUCCCCGAAAAACAGCCCCUGAUAAUCAACUAUCAGAGUGGGUUGGGCCUGUCUAUCAGCAAGGUGUACAGUAGGGCUCAGAUGACCGCCGAUCCAGUGCUAUCGACAGCCGUGGAGGAUCCUCGCCCUGACCAAUUGGCUACACCGCCAGUUCAGACCCAGAAUCGUAAGCGAUUUUGCUGCAUGGCCACCGGUUGCAACUUCACCGCCCACAAGGUCAUGUUUGUCCGCGAGCACAUGAAAUUCCACAGCUUUAGCUUCACUUCCACUGGCUACCUAAACUGCGCGUACUGCUCCCACGUGGCAGUCGAUGUGGAUGACUACCUCCGUCACGGAGUGAUGAUUCACGACCUGGCCCCACGCUCCGACCUGGAGUAUGCAUCGGGGCCACCGUCUGUAAGCCAGCAAAUCCGGGACAUGCUUAGUCAGCGGAACACUGCGGCUGUUGGCUGUCCCCCUGCAAACACGACGACGACCGGCCAGUCCGCCCCCGUUGCCAGCAGUAAUCCAGAGGCUGGAGGGUCAGGAUCGGGGGCACCCGCCGGUUCAAAUGGUCUCGUUUCCGUAUCUGUUGCGAUCACAGAUCUGCUCAGACCGACGGGAUACAGCGAAGAUAGAUUGUACGCCUGCCCCCAAAAAGGCUGCAUCGUCCGGCUGACGGAGGAGCAGUUUGUGAACCAUCUGCGCUACCACAUCCGCAGCACCCCCCAGGGCAGCGAGCAGGUGAAGUGCAAGUACUGCACCCAGCAGAUGCAACCGCCGGCCCUGCGAACCCAUCUUCAGCAGUCCCACGCCCGCCACACCAUCUUCUGCGGCAUCUGUUUGGCCACAGCGGUGAACAAGCGCCUGAUGCUCUUCCAUGUGCGCAAGGAGCACCAGGAUGCCUACGAGCUGGUCAAACGGCAGCUGCAGUUCAUCCAGCUGCGCAUGAAGCCCGAUGCCGUCGCCAAGGGCAGCGUGGAAAUCGAGUGCUACGUUGCCGCCGUGGAGCAGCCCUUUGGCGCCUUCCAGAUGCACAAUUUCCAGCGCAAGCUCUUCGAGGAGCUGGAGCUACGGCGCAAGGGCACCAAGAUGGACUUCCGCUCCUCUGAGGUGCGCCUCCUACCGCGCACCCCGAUCUUCCCCAAGGAGCUGCGCUGUGCGGAGUGCCCCUUCAUCACCACUGUGCGGACAGCCAUGCAGAUGCAUCUCUACGGUCAUAAGGAGGAGGCCAUUCGCCAGGCCUACCAAACGGACGAAUCGGCCAUUGUGGUGGAAACAGGAUCAACAGCUGCGCCACAGAAUGAGGCAGCUUUAGAUUCAGAGACGUCGGCGGCGGGUACUUCCGGAUCGGCCGUUCCAGGUUCCCAAGCAGCACCGCAGCAGCCGGAUCCACCGAUUCCGGGGAAACACAAGAUAUUCAAGCCCCCCUAUGAGUAUGUGCCAUCGGCGAUCCGCUUUCAGUGCGGUUUCUUGCUCUGUUCCCAGCGUUUCUCCUCGGAACUGGUGUUGCGCCAGCACAUGAUCAUGCAGCACAAGUACUCAGAGGUAAUAUACUGCCCGCACUGCAAGAUGCGCCCGGGUCAGGUCAGCGUGGAGAAGUAUUUGGCCCAUCUCCUGAUGCACAAGCGGCACGUCUACCAAUGCGGAGCGUGCAACCGCCACAAUAGCAAGCGUGUCGCCAUCGAGAAGCACAUCCAGGACCGUCACUACAAUCAAAAUGUGGACGUGGUGGUGCACCGCCACAUGGACUACGACAAUACGAUCAACGCCCGUUGGCUAAAGACCCCUAAACUAGCGCGCCACGCAAUCAUGGAGUACACGUGCAACCUGUGCCUCCAGUACUUCCCCACGGCCCUGCAGAUCAUGGCCCAUGCGGCGUCCGUUCACAAACGGAGCCACCAGUACCACUGCCCGUACUGCGCCUAUGGCGGCAACGCCGCCACGUUUAUUAUGGACCACAUCCGGAGCGAGCAUUCGGGGAAGGUGGUGCAGCCGGUGCAGAUCUACCAGCGCAUCGUGUGCAAGAACAAGCAGACCCUCGGCUUCUAUUGCAGCCUCUGCCGGGAGUCGGCCGGCAACCUACAAAAGAUCACUGCCCACUGCGAGGAAAGGCACAAGUCGCGGUUCAUGUGGAAGUGUCCGCACUGCGACGUUGGGCAUUACAUCGAACGGCACGUGGCCAUGCACAUUGCCGAGGUGCAUCCUCAGGAAACCGGACUGUCCGUGAUCCAGUACGAAAAAGUGCUCAACGAAAUGCCCGACGAGAUGAGUUGGGCCUUGGGUCAGCCCAUCGAAACCCAGCCUGAAGAAGAGGUGGAGGAGGAAAAGCUGCCGGAAGAGCCACCGGAACGGGCCACGUCCCAGUCCCACAUCGUGACGGAAGUGGUGGACCUGCUGGCCUCCGACGACGACUCCGAGGAGCUCGGCGAAGGUCAGGAUGAACCGAAAAUCGUGGAGUUCGCCUGCACACACUGCGACGAGACUUACAGCAACUUGCAGGACCUGCGCACCAAGCACUGGGCCAUCGUUCAUCCGGAGCAGCCGUUCUACUUCCGCGUGCAGCCGCAGCUGCUUUGCUCCGAGUGCAAGAACUUUAAGGGCAACGCCAAGGCACUGCGCGACGAGCACCUGCUCAAGGUGCACGGCAUCCGGAACAUCGUGGCGGCAGACAUUCGCCGGCCAGCGGAGUGCGCCUACUGCGACUAUCGCUAUGGCGACUGGCAGGACCUGGCGCACCACAUCAGCCGGAUGGGACACCUGCCCAACGACCUGAAGCAUGUAACGAACGAGGAACUGAACGCCCUGAUGUUGCUCAGUGCCAGCGGCAGCGGCGGGGCCAUAAACGAGUACUACCAGUGCGGUCUCUGCAGCGUGGUGAUGCCCACGAAGGCGGCGAUCGGACAGCACGGCCAGGUGCAGCACAGCAAGCCCGGCGAGCGCUUCUGCUUCCGGCAGCUGAAGGCGGAUGUAAUCUACCACUGCUUUUUCUGCAUGUUCACCUCCACCGACGAGCUGACCACGCUGCGCCACAUGAUCGACCACUACAGUCGCUUCAGGGUCUGCCAUUUCUGCACACUCGCCCAGGAGGGCGGCUUCGAUGAGUACAUCCAGCACUGCUAUGACAUUCACCGAGACGAUGUGCAUCGCUUCCGGGCCGUGCACUCGUUCAGUGAUCUCAAAAAGUUCCUCAUGCAGGUGCACUACCAAUUCCAGAAUGGCCUGAUUAUCACAAAGAGCAGCCUGCGCUAUACACGCUACAAUGACGAUUCCAUGAUUCGAAAGCUGGACGAGGAGCUGAUGGCCAAGGCACAACGCCCACCGAUCCCUCGGCUGCACAUUCGUCUCAAGUCGACGGGGGUCCAGGGACCGGCGGAGGUGGAGGUGACGGUGCUGGAACCAACGCAGUGUGCGCGAAUCGCCAAGAGGCGAAAGACACUGAAUCCGGACGAACUACUGCGGAUUUUCCGCCAGGAAGAGAAGGCGCAACAGCAGCAGCGGCGGCAGGAGCAGCCGGUGGUUCUAAAUAACAGAAUGGUCAAUAUUCCACCUGGCCUUGUUCCAUCACCGACUGCUGCUACUCGUUCUCCGCCGCCAUCUCCUCCGAUCGUGUCGCUGGUGGGGAACCAGGUCCGCAUACUAAAGCGCCGCAACAGCCACGUGGUGCGUUCCGGACCCUAAAACCACAGCCCAGACUAAGACCACAUCAUUAUUAUUGUUAGAUUGCAAACAUUUUAUAUUGGCUCCCAGCCCAUAAUCCCUAAUCGUAUUGUGCUAGUUCCAAACUAAUCAAGCAUUAAAAAGAAACUUUCUUUUUUUUAACUUAGUUAAGACCAUAUUACUACAUUUGUAAGCGCAAACACAGUUUUAAGAUCAAAGAGUAUGUUAAGAAGUAAGAGCAGGAGAGACAGAUUUGGAGACUAUAAUAAGACGGACGUCGGCUUCAAUUAAUUAAACUAUCGUGUUGAAUAAGCUCAAAUAAUGGAUUUAUGGAA